AUGCAACCUACGAUAAAUCAACAUAGUACUACGUUUUUGAGUCAAUUACGUCGACCGGCUGCGAAUACGUAUAUAGAUGUCUCAGAUAGUGAUUAAUUAAAGAGCUAUUCAUUUCUAAAGAAGAAUGAAAAUAGAACGGAGUGAAUCACUGUGGAUUCGUAACGCAACUUGGGCGUUUUAUCUAGGACGUGCUUAUCCACUUAUCUUAUAUUUGUUAGCGAUAAAGAUGCCUCACGUAUGUCAUUGAGGAGGCAUGCAAGUUUCAGUCGAUUUCAUCUCGUAUCUCUCUCGAAAAUCUAUGAUUUUUUUAUAAUAGUGUAGUAUAUCUAUGAACUACUAAUUAAAAAUUGUACAAAAUGGUGGUGAAAAAUUCGAUUCCUCAGCUAGAACAGCAAAUACAAUGUAUAAAGUAUACAAUAUUUUGCUUGAACAGCGUAAUGUGGAUUUUUGGAAGCGCUAUGUUCGGCUUAUCUUUAUGGCUAAGGUUUGAGCCAGUAUUUCAAGAUUGGAUAAUGUUCUUGGACAUGUAUGAAUUUUACAUCGGUGUUUAUGUAUUAAUUGCAACAUCCAUAUUCGUCAUAAUAGUUGCUUUCGUAGGCUGUGGCGCAGCUUUGAUGGAAUAUGUCCUGGUUCUCUUCGUCCACGUGGGCCUUCAACUAUUUUGCUUUAUAUGCGGUUUAGCAGGUGCAGCUGUUAUUCUUGAUUAUUCAACUUACGAUAGUCAAAUUCAGCCUAUUAUACGAAGAUCUAUGAAUAAUCUUAUCACUAAUUCUCAAUACGAGAAGGCAUCUGAUAUUCUUAAAUUGAUUCAAGAAAAUGUCGGAUGUUGUGGUGCUGACGGUCCAAUGGAUUAUGUGAGAAUGUUAAAACCUUUGCCAACUGAAUGUCGUGACACGGUUACCGGAAAUGCCUUCUUUCAUGGAUGUGUUGAAGAAAUCUCUUGGUUUUUGGAAGCAAGAGCAGGAUGGCUCGCUGGUUUGGCCCUCUCUUUGUGUAUGUUACAUGUAGUAUUGGCGGUACUCACUUUAACACUUAUUCGUGCCAUUAAAAAAGAAGAAGAAUCAGUCACAUACAAACAUUAAUUACAUUAAUAAUCAUGAAAUAUCACGCGAACGUUAACUUACAAUUUUUUUUAUUUUUUUUUUUUUUUUUUUAUUUUUUUAUUUUUUUUUUUUUUUGAUAAAUAUAUUUUAUACAAUUGAAAUUUUUUUUUAAAUAGUCGAAAAACAGUCGAUAGAAGAUAGUGUACUUUCUAUUGAUGUAAGUCUCUUAUAUAAAAUUUUGAUACAGACACUAUAUAUGGAAUUUAAUGCGCGAGAAAAAUGAAAAAAGAAAGUUCAGAAAGUAUUCCACUUCAUUCAUAUAUCUUAGAGUCAUAUAUCUGAAAUAUAUUUUAAUUAAUACUGUAUAAAUUAUAUAUUUUCAAUAGUCGGAAGAAACAUUUUCAUAAAUUGUUAACUAAAACUAAUUUUGUCAUGUAUUACUUUAUAUGAAAGUCCAUUAAUCGAUAAAAAUUUCAUACAUAGUACUUAUAUAAUGCAAUUGGUCCAAUUGUUGAUAAAUAAAAUUGUAUACGCAAGAUGUGCUUUAAUAUGGAUCCAACAUAUAAGAAAAAUAAAAGGGCCGUCGUUCGUUAAACUGUCAUGCAUUAUUUAUUUCAUAUGUUUUUUGAUUGACUGUAUUAUUAAGUAUUAUAUAUCUAUUAUUUUAUGACCAAAUAAUACCGUAAAUGUAUAUGAUGCUUCAGAGUAAAAAUGUUUUACUCACUGUAUAAUACAAUAUAUUAUAUGUUUAGUAGAUUUUUUAACACGGA